UGCUCGGCCCCCGUCGUAGUGACAGUGUAUUUCUUUUAUCACUAAGCGCUGAGCUUAUUCGUUUUAAUUGUGAAAUUCAUAUAAAAAUUUGUUUACAAAUGUUUGGAAACGUGUAAUUUGUGAAUGUGCAAUGGUGUUAACGUUAUACAGGUGAAAAUACACGUCGUUCGUUUGAGUAUGGCUGGCUUCAUCGCAUCUGUUGUCAACAUCAAAUAACGUGGAUUAUGCAAGUUGGAGUAAAAUGUUGUCGAGUGUUAGUAAAUAAGACUAUGAGGGUAGUAAUAUAAUGCAGCGGCUGCACAAAAUAUUAGUGCUGGCAAUAGUUUGCGCAGCAGUGAGGGCACAGGAGUGUCCCUCGGCCUGCACCUGCAACAGCACCCGCGUGGCGUGCGACACUGCUGCAGCCCCGCAGGACAGACUAGGCCGCGGCCUGUUCGCGCCCUUCGGCACCCUCCUGCAGGAAAUCUCCUGGACUAACUCCAAAACAAACACUCUCGAAAUAGACGUAUUUGACGGACUCAACGACUUGGAGUACAUCGACUUGAGCAGAAACGAAAUUAAAAGAACUGAGCACGGCCAGUUUGCACGACUGAGCAGGUUAAAGUACCUCAACCUGUCGCGGAACUUCAUCGACGAUAUUCCCCGGUUCACCUUCGCCGAUUUAGAAAAUCUAGAGGUCCUAGAUGUGUCCCACAACCGGCUCCACGUUAUACCAUUCCAGGUCUUCGGGCCGAUGAUCAAACUCCAAUAUUUGGAUAUAUCGCAUAAUAAAAUAGCUACUUUCUUAGAUUACUAUUUUAAUCCUAAUAGACAACUGAAAGCACUGUUCCUAAAUAAUAAUAGCCUAGUCAAAAUUACGUCUAAUGCUCUAGUCAACCUGAAGGAGUUGGAGACACUGGACAUCUCUAGCAAUAAGUUAGACUACAUACCCAAGUCUCUAUUCGAUAACUUUGAACAACUGAGAGAGCUCAAUUUAAGCUUCAACCAAUUCCAGAACAUAUCACAAGAUGUUUAUAAGAAUCUUAAGAACUUAAGGUGGCUAAGCAUGGGCGGCAACCGGCUGCGGACCCUGCCGCCCACUCUCUUCCAGCAUAACGAAAAUCUUAAAACGAUCUACCUCGAUCACACUGAACUAACAGUUAUACAAAACACUAACUUCAAAGGCUUAAGUACUCUACAGAAAUUAUAUAUAAGAAAUAACGAAUUUUUGCGAGAGAUAGAAACAUUCGUAUUUCAAGACACGCUGACCAUCACGCACUUGGACCUCAGUUCUAACGCACUGCUGUCGUUACCCAAGUCAUUGACAAUGUUGAACGACCUGGAAGAGUUGAAGCUGAGCAACAACCCGUGGGCGUGUGACUGUCGGAUGGCCUGGUUCGCCGGUUGGGCGGAGAAGAAAAAAGACAUCAUAAAGUCCGACUUAAGUUGUCCGCUCACCUACCCCAACGACAUGAUAAGAAUAUUAAACCACACUAACUGCAAGCCUCCUACUCUGAUAUCUAGUAGUCCGCUGACUCUGUACAGGUUGCAGAAGGACGCUCUGCUAGAGUGUAAAUUUUCGGGUAAUCCGAUGCCGUCCAUAACUUGGAUCACACCGACAAGGAUGGUAUUCCACUGGAACCCUGAGCCACUUAUCCCAGAUAUAUUCCAAAAGCAUGGCGUUGCACACGAUCAGUAUUACCGGCCCAUAGAUAAUGCUAAAUCGAGAGUGAGAGUAUUGGAUGAUGGCUCGCUUUUCAUAGGAGAUAUACAUAGAGAAGACUGUGGAACUUACUUAUGCUUUGCAACGAACCCCUCGGCUAACCUGACAGCAGAGGUGGUACUCAACAUAGAUCCCAUGACUAUGUUCGAGAUUAAAAUGUAUAGUUUACUAUGUGGCGCGAUAUGUGCCGCUGGAUUCUUAGGACUUACACUACUGGUGCAAUUUUUGCGCUACAUAUUUUUCAGAUUCCGUCUGAUGGAGACAUGCUGCAGCUGCUGCACGUGCGUGAGCCGCGACGCGCCGCGCUCCAGGCAGAUAUUUAGCAUGCUGGACAACAUCGAACAGUACAAGAGGCAACAGUUGGAAAAACUACGGGAAAAUUACGCGGUUCAAGUUCAUCGCAUUAAAGAAAACUGUACACAACAAAUGGACUGGAUACAGAACAGUUACUCCACACAAGCAAGUCAUUUACGAAAUAUUAGAGACAUCGGCAGCAACCACCUGAGUGCAAUGAGAGACCAGUACUAUGACCAGGUGAAGCGCGUCCGCGAGUACUCCACGAGCCAGUUGAACUGGGUGCGAGAGAACUACGUGUUCCAGAGGAACAAAAUAAGGAAAUUCAGCGCGCACCAGGUACUGCGGCUCCGGGAGUCGUACAAGUACCAGCAGCAGACACUCAACAAAGUGCUCGAGAACCUGCCCAGCCUGUACUUCGAGAACUGUCGGAGUGGAUCCUGUGGCAGGAGUGACUCUAUGGCCUUCGACCCCGACGUUGAGGUCAUCGACAUGUACCUCAAGACGAAGAUUGAGAAACUUUCGAGUCUUCCUAAUCCAAUCUUCGAUGAGGAGAGCAAGAUAUCCGUGUACUACACACCGACCGAGAGGUCGGUAAACUCCAGGAGAAACUCUCCCAUUCCUGAGGGCAUCCAUAUCAACAUGAUAGAGAAAGGUCCACCUCGGCUGCUGGCCAUGAUCAAGCCGUUGCAGACGGAGCCACCGCCGACACUGGAGUCGCCAACUCCACCGGGCUCACCGUCGCCGACGACGUCGAAGGCGGCCAUGUAUCCCUGGCCCAUAAAGUACAAGAACGAGCGUAGCGACCGGACCGAACGCGGCGAUCGAAGUGAACGCGGUGACCGGAGUGAACGCGGUGCCCGGAGUGAACGCGGUGCCCGGAGUGAACGUAGCGACCGAAGCGAACGCGGCGACCGGAGCGAGCGCGUCGAGCGGGGUGAGCGAAGCGAAUCGCGCGACGCGGAGCCGAAGCCAGCGAGCGAGCCGCUGCUGGGGCGCGGCGCGGUGACGUUCGAGCGCGGGCGGCGGCGCGUGACGCUGCCGACGAGCGCGAGCUCGCCGGAGCUGGGCGCGGCCGAGGCGGCGGAGGCGGCGCACAGCGCGGCGCGCGUGCUGCUGGCGGUGGAGCUGGGCGCGCCGGACGGCGGGGGGCGGCCCUUGUAGUACCGGCUGCUGACGCGCGUGUACAAGGUGUACGCCGUGUCGGGGCGAGGCCUGGCGCGCCGGCCGGAGCCCGCCGUGCGACUCUGUGAUUUGAGCGGCGGCGAGCAUUCCUACGUCUGAUGGUGUUCGGGAGCGGAGCAUGUCUUGCCGGAAUGUUUCCAAUGUCAAUAAUAUUGUAAGGUUAGCAUAGUGUGAAGGGACCGUUCGGGAUGGCUCGGGCGUCGUCGCCGCCGCCGAUGCCGCUUGUACUUCUAAGUAAGCUGUGAUAGACUAGAUUUGAAUUUAGCGACAAUUUAAUUUCGUACUGUCUCUAGUGGUAGGCGAUAAGGAGUAUACUGAAACGAUCUGUUCUUAAUCGUUCGUAGUAGUGAAUCGAAUGAACCUGUUUAAUUAAGCAUUCUGUGGGUAUUAGAACUUGUAAAUAACUUCAGUUUUUUUUUCAAUCAUUUUCCAUUUUGAUGUAUUUUUAGGGUAAACUCUUAGAGUUAUGCAUUUUAUAUUGUUCAACUUAAAGUGAGGUAUAAGAAGUUGUUACUGUCCUUGUUGUAAUUGUUGCGCGGUCAUUGUACUCUGGUGUGGAGGCUCGCGGAGGCCGGGGCCUCUCGUCAUGCUGCACUACAGUGCACCUCUCACACUUCCUCUCUACGUCUCAACAACCUCUAACUGUAACUAUGCAUUAUCAUAUUUAUAUAUAUUUUGUGACUGUCCUACAGAAUGUACAGCAGAGUCUUGCAGUGAUAUGCCAAAAUACAAUCCAGCAAUGAUUAUAUUAUAUGACGUUUCUAUUAUAAAUAUACAAAUAUUGUUGAAAAUUUUCUAAAUAUAUAAACAAGAGUAAACAGCUAAUCAUGGAGAAUAAAUUAUUU